CAAUUAUAAGCUAGGCUAAUUGAAAGGUUUAAUACCAAAAAAUUUCCCAGUUGGAACGUGUUGGUGAAUUCUCGAUGUUGGCCAAUUCGAACCUCCAUACACCUGAGCUGGCAACUUCUACCCCAAUACAAGCAAGUCAGGGUGCGCCGCCAUGUUCCCCUGCAGACUCCCGAGUGCCAACAACUCCAAACAUUGAACGCCACAACCUAUCCUUAGACCAAAGUGUGCCAUGUACGCCUUCAAGCGCGACGCAUCAAACGUGUUCCCAGACAGCAGCAUCUCCUACACUGCCACCAGCAGCAUCACCCUCACUGCCCCCUACAGCAUCACCCUCACUUCCACCCCCAUCGGUACAGACGACAGAUUUACAGCCGGGUGUAGAAACACCAGACUUGAGAAUCCAUUUGCCGCCAGAUACUCCAAGUAUGACCAGCGACCAGUUGGUACCAUCAACCCCAAGUGGCCCAACCUGCCAUGAUGUGGCCCAUGUUGACACCGCCCUACCCAACGGCGCCGGGCCGACACUCCAACACCCACACGUCGUCAGCUUGAGAGAGGACCAGGUGAAAGCCACAAGUCCAAGAAGGAAAAGCUUAUCCCGCCGUCGUCUUUCUCUGGAUAAAGUCACGUGCCGUGCCCAAGUGGCGCCCCCACCAGAGGAUACCGCCCAUGCUGCAGCCCAAGACCAAGCGGUUAACGCCCCCAGAUCUGAUCAGCUCAGAAGGGAUGAGAUUCGGGUGCAGCGCCUGUCAGUCAUCACCCAGACGGUCCAAGCCAGUCCCCCCUCAGGUCACGUGGUGCCGAGUCAUCAGCUCCAGCUAUUUUCUGGCGAUGAUAUUUUUUGUUGACCAUCACAUCCCAGAUUUUUUUGUUGACCAGCACAUCC